GAGAGAAGCGUCUCUUCAUAGCUGAGUGACUAAAGGCGUCUUUAUACAGUCAGAGGUGGCCCAAGAGAAGGGGAAAGAGAUGGAAGAGCAGAACCCAGAAGAACCUGGAGAUGACAAGACAGCAAGGACAGGCUCCUAUCCCACCCAAGCUGGGAGCGGUGCUGAAUUCUGGGAAAGCCCAGUGUCCGAUAUCGGUUCUCAGCUCACUGCAGUCUCAGAUGGACAUUGCCGACGCUUCCGGCAUUUCUGCUACCAUGAGGCCGAUGGGCCCCGAGAGGUUUGCAGUCAGCUCCAUGGACUUUGCAGCCAGUGGCUGAAGCCGGAGAGGCGCACCAAGAAGCAGAUCGUGGACCUGGUGAUCUUGGAGCAGUUCCUGACUAUCCUGCCCCAGGAAAUGCAGUGCUGGGUCAGAGGAUGUGGGCCAGAGACCAGUUCCCAGGCGGUGGCCCUGGUCGAAGGUUUCCUCCUUAGUCAGGCAGAGGAGAAGAGGCAGGCAGAACAGUUGUCGGCACCAUCCGUGAAGAAAGAAGCUACAUUCCCUGAGGCGGAAGGAGCUUCCUCGAAGCAAGGUUUGGAUCGUCUUACUGUUUGAUGGAUCUGUAACUGGUUGACAGAUCACGUCCAAAGAGUGCUUCUUAAUAG